AUGGAUCCCCCCAAUCGUGUCCCGGAUGGCCACUUCUCCUUGUGCCUCCACGGCAAGAAUGGCGACGGCAUAUUCAUGCCCUUGGGAUACCGCCAUGGCCUCCUACUCAUCUACCAAUUAGCGCGGUACCAGCUCUUGGUGUGGGAUCCCUUCAACAUCGACCUACACCGCGUAGCCGUUCCCCCAGAGUUCGAUCGGCUCGAGGCCCCAUUUAAAGGGGCGGUUUUUCGCGCCGCCGGAGACAUUCAACACUUCCGGGUGGUCUUGGUAAGCACAGAGACAGACGAGCAGCAACAUACACGGGCCUUCGCCCGCAUUUACUCGUCGGAGACUGCCAAAUGGGGUGAUCGCAUAUCAACACCACUUCCAUACAAACUUCCCACCAACAGUCACAUGUACUUUACCAUGGGUGUGCUAGUUGGGCAUUCCCUUUACUGGUUGUUCAAUGACAGGUCGGCAAAAACUCUACUGUUGGAUGGCAUACUUGAGUUUGAUUUGGAGAAGCAGAUCCUAGCUGUGAAACCAGUACCAGUGGGUAUUCCCAAGGAAAACAUGUGCCGAUUCCAGGUUAUGCAGGCAGAGGGUGGUGGCCUUGGCAUUCUAUUUCUGUCAAAUUUCAGCGCCCAAUUAUGGAUGGUGGAGACCGAUUGUGAUGGUGCUGCUUCAUGGGUGCUAGGAAGAACUGUUGAACUGGAUAAGCUACUUUCCAUUAAUUCAAGGAAGAAGAGGAAAUGGCACCAAAGUAUAGAGGGGUUUGCUGAGUACAAUAAUGUGUUGCUGCUACGGACACCUACCGACCUCUUCAUGAUCCAGCUUGAGCCACUGCAGUUCAAGAAAGUUUCCAAGACCAAGAAGUGGGUUUAUUAUCAUCCGUUUGAAAGUGUUUAUGCUGCAGGUAAUAGCAUCUAA